GCCCCGAUGCGCUGCGCCGGGAGCUGGGGCCGAGUCGCCGCCGCAGCUGCAGGGGCGCCCGGGCCGGGUGACGCCGACGCCGCCCGCGCCCCUCCCAGACACUGCCGGCCGCAUGGAGCCCCCGGAGGGCGCCGGCCCCGGAGGUAACACCGUCUUUGUUGCAGAAAUGGUUAAGGAGGCUGAGGUGCCACAGGCAGCCCUGGGCACCCUGGCCCACGGGACAGGAGACGGCUGCAGCUCGCCCACGGCCGAGGACGAGGUGGGCGUCCCCACACCGGCACCGGGGCUCCUGCAGGUCACAGAGAGGAGGCAGCCCCUGAGCAGUGUCUCCUCCCUGGAGGUGCACUUUGACCUCCUGGACCUCACCGAGCUGACGGACAUGUCCGACCAGGAGCUGGCUGAGGUCUUCGCGGACUCGGACGACGAGAGCCUGGCCAGCGAGUCGCAAGCAGGCCUGCACCCACUGCCCCGGUCUGGUUGUCUGCGCUCUCCCUCCUGGACGCGAACCAGGGCUGAGCAGAACCGCGAGAAGCAGCCACUUGGUGACCAGGAGCGCCAGCCGGCAAUUGUGGACACGUUUCUCACCGUGGAGAGGCCGAAGGAGGACUAGGCCAGCUGGCCCCAGGGCCAAGGCAGGGCAAAUCCGGACAAUUCUGACCCCAUGGACACUGCCCACUCCGUGUGGCUCUGGGUCAGGUUCUCGGGGUGCCCCAGCACAAGCACAGCCCAAUGGCCUUACAUCCCCCUCUGUCCCAGUCCCUGGGUCUUGGACAACAAUGGCUGAGGACGAGGCAGGAGUGGCCUUGGCCUUUUGGAAACUUCUGUCUGCAGGACAGGUGCUCUCACCUGCCACAAGAGUCCCGAGGGGGUGUGGGGUGAGGGGGACCUAAGCUGGAGACAGCUCCUCUGCAAACCCUAGGGCCUCGGGGUUCUGGUCUGGGAAUGGCCGCACCGUGCGCCAGCCCUGCUCUCCGGCCGCACUGUUCUCCAGCCAAGUAUAUGGGUGGGGGCCACCUUCACCGCAAUCCCACCCUCUUCAGGCCACCCAGGGAGCACUGUUGGCACCAGAGCCCCCCCUCAGGCCCUAAGACCCUGCUGGUCUCGGUCCCUGUGUGACAGCUGAGCCCACUCUCCGCGGUUCGUAAUACCAAGUACGGCACAGCCACCUCAGACUGUGGGCGGGUGGGGCGUGCCCGUGCCGAGGACACAUCCCCACAGGCACGCACAGGCCAGUACCCGUGCCCCUGCUUGGCGUCCUGGCCUGGGGUCAAGACGCCCAAGGGGGCCUGGGAAUAUGAGGGGACCCUGGCACAACCCUCAGCCCCCAACUUAAGGGCGCCAGGCUUAGUUGCUCCUAGUGCUGCUUUUUAUGAGUUAAGGGAUGAAACAGGCUUCUGGCCUGACAGCAAAUCCAAGAACGAUUUUACAGUAAAUACGGAAGUUUGCUUCUGGUCCCCAGGCCAACCUGCCCUGACCCAUUCCCCAGUGAAACGUUCCUACAGGGGAGGACCUGCCCUUCCACAGAAGCCCCGGGCGUGCCCUGGGCCCACUGUGCACAGCUAGAGGCAAGUUCCCCUCUGAGAACACAGGCGAGGAAAACCAACUCAAAGGAUGUUUUCCAGGCACCAUCUGGAGGCUCACUUAAACACAAAUCCCGUAAGGGCAGCUGCAUGCCCCCCCCCCCCCAAUCCCCCAAGGGUCUCCCUCCUUGAUCCCCAGCCUUCCUGCUAUGGCGUCUGCAGAGCUUAUUUACAAACAUUGGGAUUAAAAUCUCACCUCUUCCUAAGGCCCAAUCAGUGUCUCUUCCUUUCUAGGUGACACCAGAGCUCAGAAGUGGGUGUUGGGGGGGGGAUUGGGGUGGGGGCUGCUGGAGCAGCAGAAUUGCUCUGGGCUUUCUCCAGCUGAAGCCGCUGGGGGCUCUUCUGUGCUGUACUCUGAGCUGGUUAUUUGGGUCACAUCUCAGGAACAAGUGCCCUGGAUUUCUAGGCCUUAGGAAGUGAAGAUCCCCUCCUGCGCACGCCCACGCCCAGGUCCAGGCCGGAAGAGGCACAAAGUGCUCCCUGGGAAGUCUUCUGAGCCCAGGCAGGUUCCCAGAACAGCAACUGGUC